AUGAUGGAAGCGAAAAUACAGAAGCAAGUAACUGAUUAUUUUUCUUUUUUUGACGAAUACAAUACUGCGGCAAAAAGUAGUUUGAGAGAGUGCCAAAACCACGCAGAUGUUAUUAAUAAAUUGAUAAAACGUUGUAAAAACAUAAAAGCAGCUCAAGUGGCGCGUUCACCGCUUGCGAAAUUCGAAGAUUUACAGAGCAAAUUGUGUGCUUAUCAACAUAAACGAAUUACGGAAUAUAUUAAUCUAAUAUAUCAUAAACAGUGUGUACUUGAAAAGUUAGCUGAAAAUCUAUACCUUAAAAACCAAGCCCUUAGGGAGAGUUGCAGAGAAAUUGAUCUUAAUGAUCUCAAUUUAACAGUGGUGAAGGGAAGUCCUAUUCAACCGUCACUAAAGCAACUACUGGAAUAUGCUGAUGAUACAAUCUCAUUUGCUAGUCAUACAUGUGCCCAAAUUGAUACAGCUCUGAAAUCUUUGCCUCUUACAAAACUUGAUACAGAACAGUUUGCAGAUCAUUUCAGUUAUCCCAUCCAGUGGUUCAAACGCAUAUCAGAGAUUAUUCAAUACACAGCAUUUAUGUUCUAA